ACACGGACCACCGUCUCGCUGAUACUUGGCUCAUUGGACAUAAACUCACUGGACACACGAAUAACUGUUAAAGAGCCCGUUAUUAUCUUUACAUCUGUUUGCGUGAGAAAGAAAUGAAAAAUAUCACUUUUUCUUUGUGGAUUGUGCUACUUUGUGAAAUUGCGCUCUUUGCGUCGGGAGUGGAAGACAACGAACUUUUCAAAGAUGAGGAGUUUAAAGUGCUCUACGGUGACGAGGCACUCCAUGACCGGAUCACAUACAACAUGAGGAAGAGCAUGAAUCUAGACGUGGACGGCUGCAUCCUUCUGCCUGGUGAGAAGAGGAGUCUGCAGGAGUGUGGCUUCAACGUCACAGCCAAGACCUUCUUCAUCAUCCACGGCUGGACGACGAGUGGGAUGUUUGAGGGUUGGAUGCAGAAGCUGGUGUCUGCCAUGAUGCAGCGAGAACCGGAGGCCAACGUGGUCAUCGUUGACUGGAUUCCCAUGGCCCACCAGCUCUACCCCGACGCGGUCAACUACACCCACCAAGUUGGCCUCAGUGUCGCCACCACCAUAAACUGGCUCCAGGAGGAACAGCAGCUGCCCCUGCAGAAUGUGCACCUGAUUGGCUACAGCUUGGGGGCACAUGUGGCAGGCUUCGCCGGAACGUCUGUACGAGGGACUAUUGGCAGAAUCACGGGUCUAGACCCGGCAGGGCCCAUGUUUGAGGGGGUGGAGGAUGAUAAGCGCCUCUCGUCGGGUGACGCUGACUUUGUGGACAUCCUGCAUACGUACACGCGCGAGGCGCUGGGUAUGAGCAUUGGGAUCCAGCAGCCAAUCGGAGACAUUGACAUCUACCCCAAUGGAGGAGAUGUGCAGCCAGGCUGCUCCCUGAGUGAGAUGCUUACCGGUGCUGCUGGAGGAAGCUUCAUGGAUGUGAUUAAGUGUGAACACGAGCGGGCUGUGCUCCUGUUUGUGGACUCGCUGAUGACCAACGAGUACAUGAGCCUUGCCUACCAGUGCACCGACCCUGAACGCUUCAAGAAGGGCAUCUGCCUGAGCUGCCGCAAGAACCGCUGUAACAACAUUGGUUACAACGCCAAGAAGAUAAGGAAGAGGAGCAACUGCAAGAUGUACCUGAAGACCCGUGCUGCCACACCCUUCGGAGGCAUCCAUUAUCAGAUGAAGAUGCACGUGUUCAACAGAAAGCACGCUGAUGAUGCUGACCCAACUUUCCACGUCAAGCUGUAUGGAGCUCACCAUGACACCGAUGACCUGCAUGUCGACCUUCCAAACAAAGUGGGUCUGAACCUGACCAACACCUUCCUGGUCUUCACCGAGGACGACAUCGGGGAUCUACUGAAGAUCCGUCUGAGCUGGGAGGGGGCGACUGAGUCUCUAGGGUCCUUCUGGAAGAACAUGAAGAAGUCUUUCUGGUCCUGGAACAGCAACGGCACGCCCAUCAACCAGGUGCUGGAGGUCCGUAGGAUCCGUGUCAAGUGUGGAGAAACGCAGAAGAAGUUCACAUUCUGUGCCCAGGACCCCUCAGUGACUGAGAUCUCUCCAGGACAGGUCAUCACGUACGUCAAGUGUCGUGAUGGCUGGGAGGUCAAACCAAGUAAAAAAAGAUUGCAUAACUUAUAAGGAUUCAGCACUUCAUCAAUCAACGCACUAAUGCCAUGGGGACCUGAAGGCGGAAAGGAAUGUCGGUGAGGACCGCCGUUUCUUCAUCUGAGCACUUUGAUUGGAGGAGUGAUGAGCACACGGUGGGAGGCCUUGGACUUGGGAUGCACCUGGAUGUUUACUGAUGGUCACAUGACUCUGGGCUCUGGCCAAUGGGAUGCCGGGAUGCUUCACGUGCUGUCUAUCAGGAUCUGAGAAUUCCCGGAGUGUUUCUUUGUACGGACGGACUGUUCAACGGUUGUUAUCCAUCGGACAUUUUUCCCCCAACAAACCUAGUCUCUUUACUGUAUAUUUGUAUUAAUUUUCUGAAAUGGAAGCACUGCAAGACCAUGGUUAUUUAUCAAUCCCAACCACACCCUGUACUGAAGCGCAUUAUUUGAAUAAUUUCCUCUGAGAUGCAGUGUCUGUGGCUGAGUGACUAUCUUUUGCAUGUGUGAAUGUGUUUGCAUGCAGUGUAUGUGUGGCGUGCCUAUUGGCUAGAGCGAGCUUAAUGUGACUACACUGUAAAACUGAAGGACGUGACUGGGCUACAUGCACUUGAUCUUUCACUGUGUUUGUGGGGUUGCACAAUUCCCAAAGUUUUCCUGAAAUCUUGGUUGGACGAUUGCGGAUUUGUUAGUCCCUUUGGUGUCCGGUGAUCUUCCAACUGGUAUUUCGGGAAAAAUGCGGAAAUGUAACAAAUUUUGCUACCCUACUUCCGUGCAACGUAUUGCUAUUGUUAUUUCGAUGUACCACAUCUGUUUUAUGUAUAUAAUGUACAAUGUAAAUGGGUUUUUUUGGAAAAUAAAUUACUUUAAUUCUU